AUGUUCCUUUGUCUUAUUUGUGGUCUCUUUGAUGCUGCCUACUUUCCAUUUUCAUGUCUUCUCUCUGUGAUAUUGUCUCCUGUCUUUUUUUUUUUUCUAUCACUACUAUCUCUCUCAUCUUACGUUGUUGUUGUUGGCUUCAAUGUUUCAUCGUCUACUCCUCUCUCUUUCUCUGCCUGUUUUCUCUCUAAUAUUGUGUACUUUCUUAUUGUUCCCCCUGUCUUUCCGUCUACCUUCCUCCCUCUCUGUUUUAUUAUCUCUCUGUUAUUGUUCUCCCUCCCUCUGCUGCUUCUCUCUAUCUUAAAUACCAUUGUAUUUCUAUUUUCUGUUGUUUUAUGCUUCCCUUUUUCUUCUUUUCUUUUUAUCGGCCUUUCUCUCUCUCUCCUCCUAUUGUGUUAUAUCUAUGUUACCGCCCCUUCUCUCUGUAUCGCAUUGUCUACACUCUCCUCUCUUUUUCUUCCUCAUUCUAACUCUCUCUUGUUAGUUCUAUGUUUUUGUCACGCCUCUCUUUCUAUCUUAUUUUUAACCUUAUUGUAUCUCCUCUCUUUCUAUUUCUCUCUCUCUCUCUCUCUCAAACUCUCUCAGUUUAUCUUAAUGUAUUCUCUCUCUGUUAGCAUCUCUUCUCUUUUUAUCGUUGCUGCCUCCUUUUUGUCUUAUUGUCAUUUCUUUAAUAUUGUCUACUCUCUUAUUCCCCAUCUGCUUCUCGCUUGCUUGCCCCUCUCUCUUCCUCGCCCUCUCUGUCUUGUACACUCUCUUUAUCUCACUUCAUUUUUUCUCUAUUUUUGUUGUUUGUUUCUAUCUCUCUUAUUAGCCACUCCCUCACUCCCUCACUCUCUCUCUCUCUCUCUCAAACUCUAUCUCUGUCUUCUGCAGUUUCUUUUUCUUUUUCACUCUCUUAUUGUUUCCUUCUUUCUUAUCUCCCUUCCCCCUCUCUCUGCCCUCUGUAUUCUCUAUAACUUAAUUUACUCUAAUGUUGACUUCUCUCUACUUUUCUGUCAUCCUUUCUCUUUCUAUGUCUCACUCUCUUUCUCUCUCACCUCUUACCUUCUCUCGAGCUUACUGUCUCUCUCUAUCUUAUUGACACCUCUCUCUAUUAUUGUCAUUUCUCAAUGUUAUUGUCUGCCUCCCCCUCUCUCUCUCUUUCCGUCCUAUUGUCUCCUUUCUCAGUUAUUUGCUUUCUUAUUGUCUCAUUUUUAA